AUGGAGCUCUCCGACGCCUUCCGUAUUGUCAACUUGGCCACCGCGACCAUCAUGGUCCUGGGCGGCAUUGCCCAAUUCUUCAACUUCAACUUCCAGGGUAUUAUUGUGGGCGCCUACGUGAUCAUCUUCGGUCUCUGCACCGCCCUGCUCGAGUUCCAAAUCCCUCCCCAAGUCUCCCGCUACGCCUCAUUCCUCUUCUCGUUCGUUGGCCGUGGUGUCUUCUACAUCUUCAUCGGUUCCAUUCUUCUCUCCGACGGCGUCUUCAAGAUCAUUGCCGGCUCUAUUGUCGGCCUCAUUGGCGUCGCCUACGUCGUCCUCGAGUUUGUUCCCCAGAUCGAGCCGCCAGCCAACAUGCGCGAGGCCGACGGCGGCUGGGGCGCAGAGCAGGUGUAA